AUGCGUUUGUUGACGACGGCUUCGGCGGUGGCCGCUCUAGUGGGCCAGGUUCUAUCCCAGGACCCUCCAACAUUCCCUUUCCCAAGCAGCUGCUCUGGCAUUGCUGCUCCUAGAUAUGCCUUCACGGUUGAUUCUGGCUGGGAAGUAACCAAGAUCGCUAGCGGUCUUCGUCAACCCCGAACUAUCAUCUUUGACCCUCUCGGCCAUAUGCUAGUGUUGCAAGCCACCUCUGGUAUUUCAGCCCAUACUUUCGGCCCGGAUGGUUGCAUCAACAGCACCAAGACCCUCUUCCAAAACUCGGGUCUCAACCACGGUCUCAGCUUGACACCUGAUGGCAAGACCCUCUACGCUAGCUCCCAGACGACAGCCUGGUCGUGGACAUACGAUGCCGCCGCCUUGACGCUUACGAACCAGAAGACCGUAGUUAGCGGCAUUGGCCAGGGUAUUCACUCGACCCGAACCACCCUCGUCUCCCCCAAGAACCCGAACCUGAUCAUCGUCUCCGUCGGCGCCGCUUCGAACUGGGAUAACCCAACUAUCGACCCGAGUGUCGGCCGUGCCAUCGUUAAGGUCUUUGAUGUGAGCAAGGCGCCCGCCAACGGCUACCAAUUCAACAGCCAAGGCACCGUCCUAGGCUACGGUCUACGUAACGAAGUUGCCCUUGCUUUCGACCCCAACGGCCACGUAUGGGGUGCCGAAAACAGCGGAGACGACUUCAGGAGAACCGUUAACGGCCAGUCGUCAGACAUCCACAUCGACAACCCUGCUGAAGAGCUGAACUACCUCGGAGACCCCGCCGCGCCCCUUGCGAACAACUGGUUCGGCUACCCGACCUGCUUCACCGUGUGGGAGCCGUCCAACUUCCGUGACAACACCGCUCUGAAGACCGGCUCGCAGUUCGUCGUGUCUCCCAACUCGACCUUCAACGACGCGUCGUGCGACGGCAAGGCCAUCCCACCGCGUCUAUCAUUCCCGGCACACAUGGCGCCCAUCACCAACGCCUUCGACCCCGCCGGCGAGAACCUGUACAUCACGUUCCACGGCAGCUGGGACCGACAGCCCGCCCAGGGGUACUUCGUCGCCGAGGUCCCCUUCAAGAAGAACGCGGACGGCGGGUACGAACCCGUGGCCGCGGCCGACAGCAAGACCGGCUACAAGAACAUCAUCGGCGCCCAGAACCCGGGCAGCUGCAACUCGCCCUCCCUAACCAUGAGCUCCUGCUGGCGUCUCGCCGGUCUGAGCUGGGACCAGGCUGGCGAGCGGCUCUUCAUCAGCUCCGAUAACCAGGCCCAGGGCGAGAUCUUCGUCCUGAGGAAGAAGGUCUAA